AUGUUUUAUUUAUUUAUUUUACCCAUAUUUGCAAUCGAUGAUAUUUAAAUGAGAAGAAGUGUAAUCUGUGGAUGUAAACAUUUAAAUCCAUCAGAUUGUGUUGAAGUAAAAUGGUGUGAAUUGGCUGUAUAAUUUGACAAAUGUCCCAUCAAUGCAGAUUGUAUAACUUACUAAAAUUAAUUGGAAUGUGAACAAGCUGAUAAAGACUUAUGUGCUUGGAUAGAUAAUUAUUGUUUAAAUAAAUGUGAAUUACUAGAAUACAAUACUUGUUAAAGCAAAGAAAUUGAUACUAAUUGCACAUAAUUUAACACAAGCACUACCUGUGAAACAUAUUCAUGGUGUGAGUUUAAUACUACAACAUCAUAAUGUCAACAAAUUUUGUAAGUUUCUUGUAAUGAUAUUUUAAAUUCAAUUGAAUGUGAAGAUUAUGGUUGUGUUUGGGAUGACGUUUCAUUUUGUUAAAAUAAAAAUGCUGAUUGCAGUCAAUUUGAAAAUGAAAAAGAAUGCUCUCUAUACUUUUAAGAUAAUAGAUAAUGCAUUUGGAUAGAAGGUGUUUAAUAAGAAAAUAAUAUUAAAUCAUCAUGUUUUUAAUCAAAAGAAUGUGAGAAAUACACUUAUGAUAAUGAUGAACUUGGAAUUUGUGAAUCUAUAGCCAAUUGUAAUGUAGAAGAAAAUUAAUGUAAAAGUUGCGUUUUAGACAUGUUUACUUUUGAAUCAAUUUUAAAAUUUAUAAGUAUAAUUUAUUUGUUUUGA